AUGGCGGGCCGCUUUGUCACGAGUCGCCCCGGCCCCGGCGGAGCGAUCGCGUACGAGCUCGACCCGGCGAGUGUCACGGCGAUCUUCCCGUCGCAUGACGUCUCGACGGCGCUCAAGGCCAUGGUCGAAGUCUCGCUCCGCGACGUUGGCAGCCUCCGCCCCAAUGACACCCACGACGUCGACACGGCCAAGCUCCAGGAGUUCUUCCCGGACGGCCUCCAGGCCACGGACGAGCUCGUCGUGCUGCCAUACAACGAGUCGGGCGCGCAAAUGGUGUUGCCCACGGACCUCCCAACUCUUCCUCUUGGCCACCGCGCUGCGUUCAUCGGGCAAGGGAAAUUGGAGCUCGCUCCGGGUAUCGACACGAAGCAGUUCAUCGCGAUUGGCGGCAUGCAACUCGACCUCCUCCUUGCGGGGAAGCAUCGCCUCAUGAAGUGGAAGUGCGACGUAAAAAAAAUGCUCGAGCUCUCCGCUACGAUCCCGGUCGACCCGCCGACGACACCUCAGCGCAUCAGAGGCAAUCCGCACCUCAUGGCGUCACCGUCACCCCGGCACAUUGGCGCGCGCCCCAUGACGUCUCCAUCGCCCCGGCGCAUUGGCGGGCGCUUCACGGCGUCUCCAUCGUCCCAAAUCAUUGGCGGGCGCCUCAUGACGUCUCCAUCGCCGCGAAGCUCGACGCCGUUGCCGUCGCGAUCACCCCAACUGAUCGAGUUCAUUCCGCAGCCGUCGCCGGCGUCGUCGCCCGUUAAGAAGAAGAAGAAGGCCGGCGCGCGUCUCCAGGCGGUGGUGGAGCUCGACCCGAUCGAGGCGAUGAAGACGGCGUUCAACGACGCCAAGACGCCCAAGGCGCUCAAGACGCCGAAAUCGUCGACAGAGACGCGCGACUUUUUUUUCAAAGUGCUCUUGUCCAAGGCGCCCGAGUUCUCGUCCAAGAUGUCGACCACGGAAACGUACAAGGAGCAUUUCAUCGCGCUUCUCGUCGCCGAAGCCCAAGCUGCGAUCAUCUCGGGGCAAAAUACGCUGCCUGCCACGUGCACUGCGCUCGCCGCCUCGUUCGACGGCGUCUCGGACCCCAACGUAGCGACGUUCCAGACGCGUGGGGAAAACUCGAUCAAAAUGGGUGACGUCGUCCGCCUCAAGGUCGACAAUUCACGACGAGCUAUCGGCAUCGUCGAGCGCGUGCACGGAAACAUGGUCGACGUCGUUUUUCUCCAGGCAACAAAGACGGCGCUCGACCUUUCGAAGGCCACCGACAUCGAAGCCAAGGUGGUCGCGUCGCUGGUGACGACGCUGCGGAUGGUCCACGGCGUCGGCUCCGUUGACAAGUUGCCCGGGCACUUGCGCGACGUUGUCCUCAACCAGUCAAGUGCCGUUGCGUCCGUCUCGGUGCUCAAGGCUGCCGCGACCACGCUCCGCGCCGUCAUCCAGAACUCGAAUUGCGUCCCCAAGACGUCGACCAAGAAGGGCAAGGGCAAGAAGGCGACCAAGAAGCAAAUGGCCAAGGAGGACGAAAACGUCGUGCUGACGCUCUUGACAGAGCUCGCGAAAAUGAAGAUCUCGGUCGAAACCCUCGAGGCGACCCAGAUCCACGACGUCGUGGCCGAGCUCGUCGACAAGGCCAAGGCGCCCACGGAAGCCAUUGCGAUGGCGGCGGCCACGCUCGACAACGCGUACCAGUCGCUCAUCACGCCGUCGCUCUACGACGUGGACCGCACGGUGGCCGAUCUCAUCGCGUCCGAGAUCAACCCGUCGCAGUUCCAGGCGCUGCGUCGCGGCCUCGGCAACCUCGAGACCGGUCUCUCGCUCUGGAAGGGGCCGCCGGGUACCGGCAAGACGACCACCAUUUGCGCCCUCCUCUCGGCCCUCCUCUCCAAGGCAUCGCCAUCCAAGGGUCACUUGCCGAGUGUCCUUGUGACCUCGGAUUCGAACGCGGCGAUCGACGAGAUUAUCACGCGCGUCUUCUCGGUCGGGAUUUUCCUCGUCGGUCACGAUACGAAGGUCCAAGCGCAGCUGCCGCGCCCGGAAGGACUCCCGACGCCUUCGCUCACGGCCGUCAAGAUGGGCAGUCGACCUGGCGCGCGGGACAUUGGCCUCGCGACGGCGGCCGCGCGGUACAAGGCCGAGAUCGACGACACGCUCCGCAAGCUUCCCGCCGACGACAAGCGCGUCACGAGCCUCCGCGCCGAGAUGGAGCUGAACAAGUGGGAGCUCUUGGCGCGCGUGGCGACCAAGGCCAACGUCGUCUUUGCGACGCAUUCGUCGUGCGCUGGCGCCGACAUGACGCACAAGCUCCGGCAUUCGGGCUUUGACGCGGUCAUUGUCGACGAAUGCGGCCAAGCGACCGAGCCGAGCUCGCUUCUCGCGCUCCUUGCGCAGGCCGGCCGCGACGACGCCAAGACGCACGGCUUGGACGUCUCGCUCAUGGAGCGCUUGGAAGCGUAUCUGCCUGUGACGAUGCUCACCGAGCAACACCGCAUGCAUCCGUUCAUGAGUGCGUUCACGGCCAAGGCGUUCUACGACGCUGCCUUGACGGACGCACCGGCGAUCACACGACGCGUGCUGGCGCAGGACGCGGGCAUGUACGCGCACCCGGCGUUCCAGCCGCUCACGGUCGUCGACAUUGCUGGCGUCGAAAAGCGCGUUGGCACCUCCAAGUCCAACGACGCCGAAGUCAAGUUCUGCAUCGACCAGAUUGAGCAACUCAUGCUGACAUUUCCGCGGGCUCGAAGCGGCGAGUGGAGCAUCGGGAUCAUCACGCCGUACACGCCGCAAGUGCACAAGAUUGUGGACGCCAUUGAUGCCAAGGUGGCGGCCAAGAUGAAAACCAAGAUGGAGACCACGGCGUGGACCAGCAUCGAAGUGUCCUCGGUCGACGGCUUCCAGGGUCGUGAGAAGGACAUUAUCAUCGUCUCGUGC